UCAAAAUCGGAGGCGAGAGAGAGAAGGGAAGAGAUGGGUGGAGCGAAUCUGAAAGCAGAGACGAUGGUUCUGAUGGAUAAGAGAGCUGCGAUGGAGACGGAAAUGAACUCGAUUGUCGAACGUCUCUGCAAUCCCGGUGGUCCUGGUCUCUCCGGUAAUCUCGUCGACUCGGAGGGAUUCCCUCGGGAAGAUAUUGACAUUCCGGCAGUGAGAGCUCAGCGCCGUCGCCUUGCUGAGUUACGGAAUGAGCACAGCGAGAUAACGGACAAGAUCAAUGUGAACAUUCAGAUUCUUCAUUCAGUGAGGCCUACAUCCAAAGCUUCAUCUACAAAAGAUUCAGGUCCAGAACAGAGAAGCUUGUCAAGUGCAGUGACUGCCUUAUCUGCCUCCAUGCAUACAUCUGGCAUCAAUGUUACUUCCCGCGCCAUGGAUGUGGAUGUGGUUACUAGUAUUCCCUUUGCCAUGGUUGAUGAGAUAACCGAGUCAUCUCCAGCAGCGGAGGAUGGGUUACAGCUUGGAGAUCAGGUUGUGAAAUUUGGCAGCGUCGAAGGUGGUGACAACCUGUUGCAAAGGCUUGCCGCCGAAGCUCAAACUAACCAGGGACAAGCAGUUUCUGUGGGAGUUAUUAGGCAAGGUGCUAAAUUCAAUUUAUCUGUCACCCCGAGGAUAUGGCAAGGCAGAGGUCUUCUGGGGUGCCAUUUCCGUUUGUUAUGAGUCAUGGAUUAUCAUUAGAGGCCUGGAUAUGGUGAAAGCUGCUGUCAUGCAGAGUUUGUGGUUGAUGAAUGAUGAUGUCUGCUUUCGAGAACUUAAAUUUAGUAAUCCGUGCAAAUGUUUUCCCAGUUUGGUAGUUGAAAGUAGACUUUCUUCUUUGUAUGCUGAACCCAACAGAAAAAGAAACAUCGUUUGGCUUGCAGCUGAUACGACAAUUGAAAGGCUUUAUUACUUAUCUCUAUUUCAAAGUCUUAAUUGUUUAGACCUCUACUAUGACCUUUUUUUGGCGCCACUUGUUAUGGGCACUGG